AUGCUCCGCCAGGUUGUUCGAGGAGCUCGGUGGUAUUAUACGGCUCGCAGCCCGUCGAUUCCCCGACGUUCCUUUUCCGCUGUGACCGCGCGCCGUCUCGACUUUGGCGGGCCAAACGACAAAGUUAACUUCUACGAACAAGAUGGCAAGAAGCGACGCAAGAUUGACCCCGAAGCCGAGGAUAAUGAGGAAAGAGAAGAGGUUGAGCAGGAGCUGGCGAAGCUUGAAGAAGAACUCAAGGAGUUAGAGAAAGGGCCUUUCGACCCCGACAGCCCUUUUAUCCAAAGUUUGCCAGAGAACGACCGGAAGAUUGCCCUGGAGGCCCUACGGAAAUAUGACGAAGAGAACCCUGCAGAACCGCAACCUUCGCUAAACGAUGUAUUCGAUGGGGAAUUGGAUAUUAUGCUGAAGGAGGAAUUCCACGGAAUGGCGCUGGAGGAAGAGAAUUGGCAAGAUGGCGCCAGACAGCGUCGGAGGCUGGCUACCAAGAAGUUCGCUGAGGCAAAGCUCGAAGGCCCCGAUUCUCAUCCUUACGCCAUUCGAUUGAAGAACUCGCUACAACGAUAUACUGCAAAUGGAGCGGACGAACGCGCCAGGCAGGAGGUAUGGAAGUGCUAUCGCCGGUGCAAACAGGCCAUUCCAGGCUUCCUCGAUGCGCUUCCAGCAGAAGCUAUGGACAUAGUAUGGGAAUCACAAGCUACCGACAAUUCAGCCAAAUCCGCGCGAUCAACACACCUCCAAACCCUCGUUCAAGACGCAGCCGCUAUCGACAAACCUCUCUCCACACCCCAGAUCCUCUCCUAUAUCAAAGUUCUGAACGAUGGUGGUGAUCCUGGAAAAGCAUUGGAACAGUGGGAAGCUUAUCAAACCAAGUUAUCUCAAACGAAGGAAGACCUGGAAGAAUACUGGAUGCUUGGUGUACGAUUAUUCGCGGCUGAAAACAACCCUCAACGAGCCCAGGAUAUCGCAUUGGCUUUUCUUUCGAAUGACAACACCCGCCAACCACGAGUGCUGAUACCAGUCAUUACAGCCUGGGGAAGGUUCCCAGGGGCAGAAGCCGAGGUCAAAGCAUGGGCCCUAUAUCUACAACUGAAGACAUUCUUGGGUCCAGACAUGACAAUGGAAGACUAUGAUAAAGUCAGCAUUAGUCUUCUUACAGCCGGUCGAUUGGAUACUGCAGUCGCCAUUUUCAAGGACAUGAUGGUGACUGGGCAAGACCCAGCCAACGAUUCCACGGCUCUUUACAAAGCAGCUCUCGGCCUGGCUGGUAAUCUCCAUGCUUCAAGCAUCGACGAGAAAGCGGUCAACAAGGUGUCUCUUUCGGCACUCACACUCUUACCCCGUCGGUUCCAAAAUCGAUUCUUUUAUGCAAGCUGGAUGAAAAAGCUUAUUGGAAUGGGCCAGGUUGACUCGGCUGCCCUGGUAAUCGAGCUUAUGUACGAGCGUGGGAUCAAGCCAGAUAACAAGCAUCUGAAUGGAAUAAUGGCCGGUUGGCUCCGCGAGGGCAACGCCGCUUCGCGAGACAAGGCCGAGCGACUUGGAUGGGCCAUGAUCCAACACCGAAUCGAUGCCCCUCAGCUUGAAGCGAAUCAAGUGGUGACCGAUCCCAGCCGGAUACCGAAAUUCCUGAAGCGGGAAGUACCUUCUGCCGGUAUCGAAACCUUUUCCAUUCUGCUUCUUCACUAUACCCGUCGAGGCGAUGACGACAUGGUGAAAUACCUGGUCAAAUGCCUUGGGGAUGCCCAAAUCCAGCCAAAUGCAUACUUCAUGAAUCAUCUGCUCUAUGCGGAUCUCCGGAAACAAGACAUCAGAUCUCUGUGGUCAAAGUUCCAAAAGAUGUCUGUCAGUGUCCGACCCGAUCUCGAGACAUACGCUUGUCUAUGGGAUUGUGCCAAGAUUCAAUACGAUCGCGGGCGCACUGCGUUUGAUGCCGGCUUCCCAUCUGCUCGUGAGCUAUAUGCCAAUAUGAUCAAAUGGUAUUCAAAGCUUCCUUCGCGUGCCCGACAAGAGACGAUGUCGCAGUUCUCGAAGGAUCUAUAUGACCAGAUUGUACGCUGCUUCUGUCUGUCAAAAGAUGUUUCCGGUACACUCGUUGCUUUGCAUUCUAUGCGAGCAAUGUUCGGUUAUACACCAGAUGAUACUACUGCCCGCAUGAUAGUCUUGCAGGUAGCCCGCUUAGCAAGCGUUCCAACUGAUACCCCCAAGCGCCGCCUUCGCCGCUUAUCCUCAACACCCCGAAGCAAAGAGAGCAUCACCCAAGUUACCCGCCUACUCGAGAUGCUUGGCGAACGUAAAUCCAUGGCUUUGCGUACGCAAGGAUUGAGUGUUGAUCAGCUUGACCCUCACGAAAAGCAACAGUAUCAGCUUGAGAUCAUGGCUAAUCUGCUGCGUAUUGUUCUGAGUCGUGCAGAAAGUCUUGAUCCCGCUCGAGUGGAAGAAAAGCUUGCCAUUGCUGCAGCGGAGAUGCAAGUUGGAAAUAUCGAUCUCGGUCCGCCUCUCGGGGUGAAUGACAGCCAACUGCUUUAA